UGUGUACACAACGAACAAAACUUUAGCGCGAAAACCGGAGCCGGGACAAAUGACACGAUAUAUAGAGACACUGUGGAUUACUUUUAUAUAAACACACAUUUUGAACCGCCGCAGAAGGACAACCACCGCCAAAAUGGACGAAUAUGAUGAAAUGUACGGAAUCGAGGACGAUUUUGAGCAGCAGUUCGCGGACGAGCUGGAGGUGAUGGCUGAAAUGGACUCAGUUGAGCCGCCUUACCAUGGAAAGGUGUCAGAGUUCCGCAACAAGAAGUCUGCGCCACAGACGUUUGAAGACGCUCUUACAUCCGGGGACUUGCCGUUAAGGAACCCAGCUGCAGACACAUCGGCCUUAGACACAGCAGCAGCACCGCCAUGUGAUGGAGAGGAGUCACUGACCCCGAAAGCAAAGAGGCGCAAGCAGGACGUUGCUAAAAAGCUCCAGUUUGAUGCCACGCAGGAUGAUGGCAUCACUCCUCCUUCCUCCCCUGAGGUGUAUGAGAAGUCAGACAGGAGCAGGCCUGCGUUUGCGCUGUCUCUCUCUCCUGAUAGGCCACAGGUUGCAAUGACGGCCAGCAUGUUGGACAUCAGUGGCCUGGCAGCGCUACAGGAAUCGCCUAAGAGGGUGACCACGACAGCUCGUCAUGCACAGAAACGUCCCCCGGCAAUGGGGGAUUACAUCACUGUCACAGACUCGAUGGGCAACAGAGUUUAUCUUAGCAAGAAAGAGGAGGAGGAUGACAAGGUACCAGAUCCACGUUUUUUUCGGAAUUCCCAGAGUGCACUGGGACUCCUGGCUGUACCCAUAGAGGUCCUCAAAGAGCAAGUGGCUGAAAAGCGUCACCGGCAGUUGGUGGAGGAAUCCCAAAGGCUAACGGAACUUUUGAACAGUGGUAUAGAUCCAGAGCUUCUAGCAGAAGAGGAUACAGAAGAUCCUGGAGAGAAUGAUGAUGGUGCUGUGGACGAAGGCUCCUCCUCUCGUUUAUGGGUGGAUCGCUUUGCACCGCAGCAUUAUAUGGAGCUACUGAGCGAUGAUUUCACCAAUCGUUGCCUGUUGAAAUGGCUGAAGCUUUGGGACACAGUUGUUUUCGGCAGGGAGAGGAAGCAACGACCGGCUGCUCCAGAGGUCAGGUCGAAUAUUCCCAACGCACAAAACCAAAAUCAAGCUCAGCGCUUCAAAACUAAAAGCCAGAUCACUGAAGAGAUACUGGAGGCAGAGCUAGACCAGUACAAAAGGCCCAAAUAUAAGGUAGCACUCUUGUCUGGCCCUCCUGGUUUGGGAAAGACCACGUUAGCGCACAUCAUUGCCAGACAUGCAGGAUACAAUGUUGUUGAAAUCAAUGCUAGUGAUGACCGCAGUGCAGAGCUCUUUCAGAAACGCAUUGACACCGCCACACAGAUGAAGUCAGUGCUGGGAGCGAAUGAGAAGCCAAACUGCCUUGUGAUUGAUGAAAUCGAUGGGGCUCCCUCUGCUGCCAUCAACAUCCUGCUGGCGACUCUGAAUAGGAAGGACAGUCGGGAAGGAGAGGAGUCGAGCUCGAAUCCCUUAAAGAAAAAGAAGAAGAAAGAGUCUGUAUUGCUUCGGCCAAUUAUCUGCAUCUGCAAUGAUCUUUAUGCUCCUGCUCUGAGGCCCCUGAGGCAGCAGGCGUUCCUUUUAACUUUCCCCCCGACGCAGCCCUCCCGCCUUGCGCAAAGACUGACAGAGAUCGCACGGCGACAGGGAAUGAAAGCAGACACAGGCACUCUGAUGGCUUUGUGUGAGAAAACAGACAACGACAUUCGCUCCUGCAUCAACACGUUACAGUUUUUACAUGGCCGUGGCCAAAAGCAGUUGGAUCAGCGUGUUGUGAGUUCUAUGUGCGUUGGGUUAAAGGACCAGAACAAGGGACUUUUCUCGUUGUGGCAAGAAAUCUUCCAACUUCCUCGAUUGAAAAGGAAACGGAUUGGUGGAGAUGUAUUUGGAGGCCUUGAGGAGGUGGGGCUUAAAGAUGGAACUCAAAGACUUCAGCACAUCCUUCACCUGGCCUCGUCCAAUGGAGAGCAUGAGAAACUUACACAGGGCCUCUAUGAUAAUUUCCUCAGUAUGAAGCUGAAAGACCCCGGGCUGUUGGGGGUGUGCGCCGGCCUGGACUGGCUCUGUUUUUCAGACCUCAUGAAUGAGUGCAUUUUACACGGACAGAACUACUCGCUCAUGCGCUACCUUCCCUUCUUGCCUGCUGCUUUCCAUUAUUUAUUUGCGGCCAACUCUGUGCCGCGCAUCAGCUACCCCAACAGCCACUACGAGGCUCUUACAAAAACUCAGCACACCAAGAAUGCUGUCAUUUCCAUGUUGGCUGAGAUCCCUCCUGGAAUACGGAGUCGAAUUUGCCAGAGCACGCUCUGCUUGGACUUCCUCAGCCUUUUGCUGGAACUCAUCUGCCCCAGACUACGACCGGUAAAUCCUCAGCUGUACAGCGCCAGGGAGAAACAGCAGCUUUGUGAGCUCAUAGAUACCAUGAUCAACUAUAAUCUGACCUACAGACAGGAUCGGACACCUGAGGGCCAGUAUACUUAUGUACUUGAGCCACAUGUGGAGGAUGUGGUGCGUUUUCCUGGUCUGCCCCCGCGGAAGCAGCUGACCUAUCAGGUGAAGCAGCUGAUAGCCAGGGAGACGGAGAUGGAGAAGAUGAGAAGGGUCGAGCAAGCCCACCAGAAACGCAACCCUCAGAGGACAGAGGCAGUUGAAGGGGAACAACAGGUGAAGAAGUCAGAAACAAAGAAGCAGACGAACAGGAACCACCAGCAACGACUGGAGAACAUAGUCAAACAAACUGUGGUGGAGAGCAAGCCUGAAUUGGAUUUCUUUGGACGAGCCAUUGUUCCAAAAGAGAAGCCUGCGGUCACCACAGCAACAGGUGAAGACGGUAAAGUGAACGGGACCUUGCAGAUUGGUAAAGCUGUGGGAAACAGCGAUGUGUGGUUUAGGUUUAAUGAGGGUGUGUCCAAUGCAGUGCGUCGGAAUGUGUACAUUAGGGAGUUACUCUGAGCAUUCUAACUAAUAUAUGAGGAAAAACAGACCUUGUCGGAACAUGACCCAAGCUGAUAAAUGUUUGAUAUUUGUACAUGUAACUAUAAUCUUGAGUAAUAAACUGUAUUGUUUCAUAAAAAUCUCCAGCA